AUGUCACAAUCAGGGAUGCUUUGUGAGGGCUGGAUUUCGCAAGACCUUUUUCGACGACUCCAAAAUGAACAUCGAUUUAAACAGCAGCAUCCAAGGGCCAGUGAAGGAAGUCUAAAGGGGACAAUGGAUUUUCGUUUUGCAACGGGAAGCAAUGGCACAUCAAGCCGUGAAGACGACUUCUCUCUCAGUUCUAGCAGCAGCGAAAGAUCAAGCAAUGACUACAAAAUCUCGCUUUGCGCAGAAUUCAUGGCAACCAGGAAAUGCCGUUUUGGCGGUGCUUGCAGGUAUGCUCAUGCUUACGAUGAACUUCGGCUUGCAAAGCCACGUGGAAAGUGCAAUCCCAAGUACAAGACUCGCUACUGUGACAAGUUCUCAAACACGGGGUUUUGCAAGUAUGGAGACAGAUGCCAGUACAUACACCAUCUGCUAAAUGAUACGAUCCGGGAGGAUCGAAAAAGGCGCGGCGUAGCAAUGAAUAUUAAUGAGCGUCCUUUGGAGUCAAAUGGAACUCUUGCGCGACAGAUGCGAUAUGACGGUGGGCUGAAUGCUACGGUAGAUGCGCGCAUGAAUGUGACGGUGGAUGAGCGCAUGAAUGUGACGGUGGAUGGAUUCGCUGGACGGAUUGAAAAACAUACCAAUGUGCACGAAAAAUGGACGCCAUUUUCAAAGCAGUUCUGGGGGUUCAAAAUAGAAGAGCAGUUGAACACAAGUCUGCCCGUGUUGCGCCCAUCCUUUGAUCCAGUCAGCAUCGAAGCUUCUCUCAACGGCCUUCUCUCUGACGAGUCUCAGCGU